UCGUUCUUCGUGGCCGCGCACGUGAUGGCGAACUACAAGUACGUGGAAGUGCGCGGCCCGUUCGGCGUCGUGCGCGGCAUCGCCGUCCAAGUCGAGGGCCGACUGGUGCACGCCUUCAGCGGCAUCCCGUACGCCGCGGCUCCCGUGGGACCUCUGCGAUUCGCUCGACCGGUGCCGUUGCAACACGAGACCAUCAUAGAUGCGAGCUACCAACGUUACACGGCGUGUCCUCAGCCGCGUCUCGGCAAAAUAGGACUGAGCACCGGCUGGAUCGCGGACGAGGACUGCCUGCGCGUCAACAUCUGGAUACCGACCGGCUGCGGGCCCGCGACUUCAUGCGGUGGCAACAAGACCGUCCUGGUGUUCAUUACGGGCAACCUGUUCCAGCAGGGAGACGCUGGUGACGUCACCGGAGACGGAAGCAUUCUCGCUGCGCUAGGAGACAUCGUUGUGGUCACCUUCGCCUACCGGCUAGGGGCACUCGGAUUCCUGUGCGCCUCCACCGCAAAGGACUCGGGAAACAUGGGCCUGUACGACCAACUGGCGGCUAUGGAGUGGGUGCACAAAAACAUCGCCUACUUCGGCGGGAACCACUCCGAAAUAGUCGUGGCGGGUCACAGGUCGGGAGCUGCGUCCGUAGGGCUGCACAUGCUGAACCCAAACGCCGGCUGGACGCGCUACGUGAAGCGAUUCAUCGUCAUGAGCGACAGUCCGUACAGCAGGCAAAUCGACAGCAGGGCCGAGUCGACCGACAAGACAGCGGCUCUAUCCCGAGAACUGGGCUGCGCUGACCCGGCGGACGACGCGGUAUCGGCAAGCGCGUGCCUGCGAUCCGUGAAUGUGACCGCGCUGCUCGAAGCGUCGUCGCCGUCGCGGGAGCACUUCGCGAGCCUCUUCUUCCCUACGCACGGCACCGACUUGAUGCCGGUCAGGCCGAGCGUCUUGUCGCACGUCGCCGCGCUCAAGGACAAGCAGGUGCUUAUCGGGCAUACGACUUCGGAAGGCAUCUACCAGGCGGCGCUGUUCAGGAACAUGGUGGUGGGAUCCGUGUCCGAGUGCUGGCAAAGCUAUGGGUCCCGCCAAGCCAACCAGAUCAGAGAACCAGAAGAGGGAGUUCGAAAGGAAUAG